AUGCCGGUCGCGGCCUUCCACCUAGAGUCCGCAUCUGCGACCCUGCGCUCGCUACCAACAGGAUCAUAUCUUGUCCACGCAACAAACUGCCUGGGCGAAUGGGGUGCGGGAUUCGCCCUCGAGCUGCGCGGCAUCUUCCCCGGCGCGUAUCUUCAAUACCGCACAUACUGCGACGACUUCAAGACCAGUGCGGAGGCGCGCUACGCCUCACGAGACCUGGUAGGCCACUGCUACAUCAUCCCUCCACAAGACGCGGAUAUAGCCGCUGGCGCGCCAGAGAUAUCCAUCGUCUGCCUGUUCACAAGUCACGGAUAUGGUCGACCCAAUAAGGCCAAAGCCAAGCCCGGUGUUGACCGCCCAGCGCUAGUGCUCGGUGAAACGAAGCAAGCACUUCGCCAUUUUCGGGAACAGCUCGAUGGUCUCGGAAGUGCACACGACCUUAGAGUCUACUCGCCAAUGUUCAACUCGGGAGCAUUCAAGGUGCCAUGGGCAAAGACCAGUGAUCUGAUCCGACAGAGCUUCGACGGCUGGCAGGGGCGCUGGAUCGUGCUUGAGCCGCCACCACGGAAAUGA